AUGGAACUGGAGUCUUUUCACCCAGAUCAGAAUGGCAUUCACCGAAAAGGCCGCUGGACCACCAUCCGAGAGCAGGUCCCUGUUCCUGUUUAUCACCCGACUCCUAGCCAGACGCGGCUAGCAACACAGCUGACAGAAGAGGAACAGAUCAGAAUAGCGCAGAGGAUAGGCCUUAUUCAGCACCUACCUAAAGGAGUCUAUGAUCCUGGAAGAGACGGCUCCGAGAAGAAGAUCAGAGAAUGUGUCAUUUGUAUGAUGGACUUUGUUUAUGGGGACCCUAUCCGAUUUCUGCCGUGCAUGCACAUUUACCACCUGGACUGUAUAGAUGACUGGUUGAUGAGAUCCUUCACCUGUCCAUCCUGCAUGGAGCCAGUGGAUGCAGCACUGCUUUCAUCAUAUGAGACUAACUGAGCCAAGGUUUCUCCACUGAACCUUCAAGGAGACCAUCCACUUUAAUGGGUUUGAUCCUUUUGUCAUUCAGCCCAAAGAGCCAGGAAUUAGGAAUUAAGAUCAUGCACAAAGUAUACAUUUCCUAAUAAAAAAAAAUAUUCCUGAAUGGCUGCAAAUAUUGGAAAAAAUAGUAUUUUAGAGACUAUAGAAAAAGUAGGUUGUUAUUUUUAAUGUAAAGCCUUGACCCACCAUUGUCUUUUAAUGUUUGUUCUUACACCCAUAUAUAGGAAUUGUGUAAAGUGUUACAGCAACUGUAAAUGUUUAAACUGCGUGUAUUCAAUUUUAUUAGCAGCAAGGUAAGGUUUUUUUUUUCCUGAAUAAAGUAACCAGUUUUGUUCUGAUUCUUUUCACAAGUCCUGGCAUUUGGGUCAAGGCUUUAUUGAAAUCUACAUUUUAUAACACUGGCACAAAGAAAUAGUUUUAAGCUUGUUUGCACAGUUCUUUUUCUUUUUUUUUUUCCAUUGGAGAUGGAAUUCAUUGCCUUAGGUCUUUUUAAUAGUGUAUUGUUAUUGUUGGGCUGGCUCUAUGCUUGAAAACCAGUUUAUUUAUAACCUGUUAAAAGUGCUAUAUUUUGUUUGCAGUUAGGAAUAUGCAGACUUCAAAGUGAUCUCUCCUAGCUUGUAAGCAAACUGAGAUGCAUUAUCCCUUUUCUAAACGCGGUGCGGAAUAUGAAGAUACGAAACAAGUCCUACAGUGAAAUUAUGGUUUCAUGGUUCUUAUUUCAUCAAAACUGAAGCAAGUUAUAACAGUCCUUAAACUUUGUCACUUUUAACUUGAUCAGGUUAAAAGUGGUCCAGAUGAAAAAUAGUUAAGCUACCCUGACUGAAAAAACCCCACAUUUGGAACUAAUGUAGUGUUAGUGUUGAUCACUUAUUCUACUUUUUUCUCCCUAAAAAUGGUUGUCUCUGAUCAUAGCAAAUGGAUACUGCAUCUCUUGUUCUUGUAGUCCUUAGGUUAUCAGAAGUCAAGAAUAAACAUACUGUAUCUCAGU